ACAGCUGUGACAGCUGUCACUGAACCAAAUAAAGCUAAGCUAACCUAUAAAACGCAAAAAUAAAUACAACACACAAAACAUUGAAAGAGCUACUGUUAAUUCUGUUUACGGAUAACUCACAAUUCUUCAUUAAUUUUUUGAAUAUUGUGGAAAACGUUAAUUUAAAAAUAUGAAGACAAUAAACCGAAAAAUUCCAGGCAUUCUUCCACCACCGCCAAAAACAGAAGUUGAUGGAAAAAUCGCAGAUUUAUCUUCUAAAACCAUCCCCGAGCUCAUUGAGCUUCGUGAUAGACAAAUGAAACUCAUUAGAAACAAUGCAUUCAUUUCGAAACUAGCUGACAAAGGUGAGAAAAUCAAAUGCUUUCACGAGAAAAUCGAAAAAGAACUUAAGGCCAAACAAGAAGAAGAGCAAACAUGCCAAUUGUUAAAUAGAUUAAAACUCAACAGUGUUGAUGAGCACAGUGUUCAGAAUGUUGAAUGGGAAGGGAAAGUGUCCAAACCAAAAGUAGUUUUAGAUUCAGAUGAUGAUAGUGAGCCAGAAGAUGUUCUCCACAUUCUCAGUCAGAACACAGUGCAACAAAAGCUGGUGAGAGUUUUACCACCAGAAAGACCCCUAAUAUCACCAUUAGACUUAGAAAGAAUUGGUGAAAUUCCUCAUGUGAAGUACAUAGUGGAUAAGACUGAGAACCACUCUUCUCCUAAGGCAACUGGUCACUUCAAACCGUAUCAUACAACAAAGUCAGAUGUCCAUCAUCCCGAGAAAGAAAUGGUUAGAAAAAAGGGAAAGCACUGGGAAGUGACUGCGGCAACCCCACCACUCAGCAUUCAUGGUGCUGCUAAAAUUUUAAAUUUGGAGGAGUCACUAAAGCUACAGCAAGAGUACAACAAACACUUGCAAGAGGUUGAGGCCCAACAUGCUGCUGAGAAGCUGUUGGCGAGAACAGGUAUCAGGAUGGCUGAACUAUCUGAGGGAGGGAGACAGUUUGGCAGCUACCGCGAGGUGGAGAGUGAGGCGGAGACAGACCACGAGGGCAGCGACAAGGAGGUGCACGAUGAGGAGCCCGACAGGGGAGGAGUCGUUUUCACAGUCUUGAAGUGAAAUUUUGUAUGAACAAUAGAACUAAUCGGCAGAAACCUGUCCCUUAAGCCUUGUCUAGUUCAAUAAGCAGAAAAUUUAAGAUCAAGUGAUUUUAGGUAAAUACAAUUGUGUAGUAAUUUAUUGUGAUCUUAUUACUUUACGUUUUAUAUGUAUGUACCUACCUACUUAGUAAUAGCUUUAAUUUCAUUAUUUUUGUAAUACCUGAUGUUUUGUUUGCAUAUUAUUAUCUAAAUGUAAGUAUAUUUUAUACGUAAGGUCUCUAUAUACAUAUAUCAUAAUAAGUAUAUGUUUAUAUUUAUAUGUAUUAUGUUAAUUUAAAGUGAUAUUAGUAUGUAAUUAAUAUUUAAAGUUAUUGAUCCAAAAUAAAGCUAUGUUUAAUAAA